GCUGACUCUCACUUCUAUUUUUUGUUCCAGUCCAACAUUGUGCGUCCAUAUUAAAUCAUAGUUGCACAUGUUGAAGAAGUUAGUGGCCAGGAAAAACCCCCUGUUUUUUUUCUAUGGUAUUUCGUCCGUCACGAACGAGAAGAGUGUAGUAGGAAAGAUCAAAGCAAUUAUAUAAUGCGACGUGUUUUAUAAAGUGGCCGUGACCGCCAAUAACAACAAAUAGUUGGCUCGAUCAAGAUACAUAACAAAAUGGUGGACGUGGAAGAUAUAAUGUGUGAUCAGUGUAUAAUAUCGCCAGAACUCGACGUACAUUUUGGCAGAACAUCAUUUUUGGUUAUGCCAGCAAGCAAGAUCCGGGAGACCGUCGAGCUGGUAGCCCGAGCCGUUCUGCCCCCCGUUUCGACGGUGUUCUACGCCUUCCUCAGGAACCCUCCGCAAGUCGUCCUGCGCAAUGUUAGGCAGGAAGUCCUUCCCGCGGUGGUAGCUUUCCUGGCGAACAAAAUCUCACGGUCGCUUGCCUCCGUCCAGCGGAUAUCGCUGCCGCUGACCUUGAGGAUAAUGAAGGACCAGCACGGUCGAAACCAAGCCGUGAUCACUGAAGGUGCACAGUGCUCCGAGGAUCCGGAAAAGUCGGUGGAUUGCGUCGUGCUGUCGGAACCUGAAGAUGUUCUAGUCGAUGUGAUCUUCGUUCAUGGGUUGCACGGCGGAUUGGACAGGACUUGGAAGCAAGGUACCUGGAGACGAAACGGUCACAAACUCACCAAUCAGUUCCCAGUUAGACGCUUAUCAACAGGCAACCUCUACGUGCCACAAACGGAACAAUCCCUCAAACGGACUAUAUCUGGAAUUUACUCGAAAAUUCCGAGGAAAAUAGCGAGGAAAGAGGGCCGUACAUAUGCCACCCAGCAGGAUAAUGUUUGGGAGAUGGAGUAUCAGGACGAAAACUCAGACUACAGCAACUGUUGGCCCAAGGAUUGGAUACCGCGGGAUUGUCCCAACGCGAGGGUCAUCGCUUUGAAUUACUCCACGGACGUGCUGUGGUGUCCGUCGUGGACGAAAAAGAGAAAACGAACUGAUAUGGUGACCCGAAGUCAAGAGAUGAUUGAAGAACUAAUUCGACUAGGAGUAGGAAGGAAACCAAUCGUUUGGGUUGGUCAUUCGAAAGGAGGUCUAUUCAUCAAGCAAAUCAUAGUAAAUGAUCCACAUGUAGGAAUAAAAUGUGACGUUCCUCUGGAUCACAGAGAAAUAUGUAAACCCGCUGGGCGGGACUGUUUUUUGUAUUUAGAACUUCUGAAAUUGAUCAAUAAAAGCCUAGAAAGGUGUAGCCAUUAGUAGUGGAAUGUACAGAUGUAAAUAAUGAUAAUAAAGAGAAUUGUAUGUAGGCAUUUGAUAUAUAUCAGUAUUUGACAAUUAAUACGGAGAAAUUUCAAGUAUCUAGAAUGUACUAUUUAUUGAAAAAAUACAAGGAAACAGAAAAAUUGCCAUUUAUGAAUUAAAACAACUUAUGAGAGGCUUGAGUGUAGAGUUACCAAUAAAAAAGAGGAACUUUUACU